AUGUUCAACCAUCUCAAUGCACUUCCAAAAGCCUCUUACUGGCCUCUCCACGUGAUCCUUCUUGAGCUGCUCUUACCAGGCGUCUUGCCCAGCCUCUCCCGGUUCCCCGUCGCGGGCAAACGUGAUAUUGUCCUCGAAGGCGACCUGGUCAUCGGUGGACUUUUCCCAGUGCACGAGAAAGGCAACGGCACACAAGAUUGCGGGAAAAUCAAUGAGGAGAGAGGGAUACAGAGACUUGAGGCCAUGUUAUUGGCGCUAGACGAAAUCAACGCCAACGACCGUAUCCUGCCUGGGGUCCGGCUGGGGGCUCACAUCCUGGACACCUGCUCCAAGGACACGUACGCGCUGGAGCAGAGUCUGGAUUUUGUGAGAGCGUCUCUGACCAAAGUGCACGAUCCAGGAUUCGUGUGUGCAGAUGGGUCCAGGCCUCUGCAGAGUGAAGUGCCACUGGCCAUCUCCGGAGUCAUCGGGGGCUCCUACAGUGAUGUGUCCAUUCAGGUGGCCAACCUGCUGCGGCUCUUCCAGAUCCCUCAGAUCAGCUAUGCUUCCACCAGCGCCAAACUCAGCGAUAAGUCUCGGUACGACUACUUUGCCCGUACCGUUCCACCAGACUUCUACCAGGCCAAGGCCAUGGCUGAGAUCCUGCGCUAUUUCAACUGGACGUACGUGUCCACGGUGGCAUCGGAGGGCGACUAUGGUGAGACCGGAAUCGAUGCAUUUCACCAGGAAGCUCGGGCCAAGCAGAUCUGCAUCGCCACAUCCGCCAAAGUGAGCCGCUCCAUGAACCGCCAAGGUUAUGAGAACGUGAUCCGCACGCUGCAGCAAAAGUCCAACGCUAAGGUAGUCAUCCUGUUCACACGCAGCGAGGACGCCCGCGAGCUGUUAGCGGCUGCUGCCCAAAUGAACGUGAGCUUCUCUUGGGUUGCCAGUGACGGCUGGGGGGCCCAGGAGAGUGUGGUGCGAGGCAGUGAGGCUGCGGCAGACGGAGCUUUCACCUUAGAGCUGGCCUCUUAUCAGAUCCGAGAGUUCACAGACUACUUUACCAAACUAAACCCUUACACCAACGCCAGAAACCCCUGGUUCCGAGAGUUCUGGGAGAACCACUUCAGCUGCAGCCUGCAGCAGCCGGGAUGCAGCGAGCACAGCCUCAGAGAUGGGACGUUUGAGCAGGAGUCCAAAAUCAUGUUUGUGGUGAAUGCAGUAUACGCCAUGGCCUACGCUCUGCACAACAUGCGACAGGCCGUGUGCUCCAACACCUCCAAAGUCUGUGAGGCCAUGAAGCCAGGCAACGGCAGGAGGUUCUACAAGGAGUUCAUCCUCAAGACCAAGUUUGAGGCUCCUUUCAGACCUCCAGACACUGACAGCAUGGUUCGCUUCGACUCUAUGGGCGACAGCAUCAGCCGCUACAACAUCUUUCACUACCACAAGGAGGAGGGCAAAUUCACAUAUAGGAAAGUGGGCUACUGGGACCAGAUCCUUACCCUGAACACUGCACUUGUGCCUUGGCGUGGAUUUGGACCCCCUACAUCCCAGUGCAGUGACCCAUGCAGGAAGAACGAAAUCAAGAGCAUGCAACCAGGAGAUGUCUGCUGCUGGAUCUGCAUACCCUGUCAGCCAUACCAAUAUCUUCAAGACGAGUACACCUGCGCCGACUGCAGCUUUGGACAAUGGCCUUUGGGAAAUCUAACUGGCUGCUAUGACCUGCCAGAGGAGUACAUCCACUGGGAGGAUGCGUGGGCUAUCGGGCCAGUGACCAUCUCCUGUCUGGGUAUUCUCUGCACUCUUUCAGUCAUAGGGGUCUUCUUUAAAAACAACGACACCCCAGUAGUCAAAGCUAGCGGGCGCGAAUUGUCCUAUAUCCUACUUCUUGGCGUUUUGAUGUGCUACAGCAUGACUUUUAUCUACAUUGCCAAACCCUCCACCACGGUCUGCACCUUGCGUCGUCUGGGUUUGGGCACCUCUUUUGCCGUGUGCUACUCUGCUCUACUCACCAAAACCAACCGAAUCGCCCGCAUCUUCAGUGGGGUGAAAGACGGAGCUCAGAGGCCUAGAUUCAUAAGUCCAGGAUCCCAAGUGGCGAUUUGCGGGGUGCUAAUUUCUUGCCAGUUGCUAGUUGCAGUUCUCUGGCUCUUGGUGGAGGUGCCCGGGGUGAGAAAGGAGGUAGGCCCAGAACGAAGGAACGUGGUCACGCUGAAGUGCAACAGCAGGGACUCGAGCAUGCUAAUGUCACUCACCUACAACUGCGUCCUGAUUAUCCUCUGCACCGUCUACGCAUUCAAGACCAGGAAGUGUCCAGAGAACUUCAACGAGGCCAAGUUCAUCGGCUUCACCAUGUACACCACCUGUAUUAUCUGGCUCGCCUUCCAGCCCAUCUUCUUUGUGACCGCCAGUGACUACAGGGUGCAGACCACGACCAUGUGCAUCUCGGUGAGCCUGAGCGGCUCGGUGGUGCUGGGCUGCCUCUUUGCUCCUAAACUCCACAUUAUCCUCUUCCAGCCGCAGAAAAACGUGGUCACCCAUCGAGUGACGACCAACCGCUUCAGUGGCACCGCCUCUGCCCCCAGCUCUGGCUACUCCAAAGGUUCUGCCUCCAACUACGUCCCUGCAGUGUGUAAUGGUCGAGAGGUGGUGGACUCUACGACUUCCUCAUUGUAG